UAUAUAUCAGUGUGCGUUGUCAAAUCUCAGUGGCAGUCGGUAGUCAGUAAGAGUUCGAUUAGCCGUAGCGGUCGGAUCGCGCGGGAUACCGCGCGCACGGCAUGCGCACGAGUUCGUUAUUUUAAGUGUAGUAUUAUGGCGGUUUUUAGGUACAUUAUUUUAGUCGUCGCGAUAUCAUCAUAUUCUACAAGUAAUGGACAAAAAGCAAACCUCACAACGACAACUACAAUUACACCUACAACCUCCUCUUCAACAACUAGCACCACAUCAGAGCGGCCUCAGGCGGACAUAGCCUCACCAUGCGCCUCCCACAAGCCAGGAGACGUGGACUUUCAGACAGUAGACUUGAUAGGCGUUUACCGGCUAGACAGGCGUGAUACCAAAGGCGUUACGCUGGUACAAGGCUCCCAGGAUCUCCAAAGAGCUUACAGAAUUGGGCUCGAUGUGAAUUUGACUUUGCCCUUGAAGGAGGUAUUUCCAGCAGGGCUGCCUCCCCACUUCACAGUGGUAGGUACGUUCAAUGCUCGAGGCCAGCGUCGGCCAUGGAGCCUGGUCCGCGCUCGAUCGGAGUCCAGCCUGCAGUUCGCACUCACCAUGUUGCCGGUCACCAAGAAGAUCGUCGUCUUCAUCGGAGGCUCCAGGGUCUUGUUCAAUAGUUGGGAUAUUUUCACUCCCGGUUGGCAUAAGAUCCACGCUUCAAUCACGAAUAAUACUGUACAUGUGGCGGUCGACUGUAUUGAGUUGAUGCCUGAAAAAAUCGCAACUGGUGACUUCACGAACGCUACCUCUGUGACCAUCGUAUCGAAUGACGACGGCUCUUCUGCACCUAUAGAUCUCCAAUGGCUGUCGAUGAGUUGUGACCGGUACAACUUGAGUAGAGAUACCUGCGAGGAAAUCGAUAAGCCUCAAUUUAUACAGGCUACACCAUCACCAAAAUACGAUGUAGACCCCGCCUUACUGGCCUAUCCGAACGAAAGCAGUGUCUGCAAUACCACAUGUCCUGCGGGCCCCGAAGGUCCACGCGGUGUUAAGGGCGAACCGGGGCCGAGGGGAUACACUGGUAUACCGGGUAUACGUGGUGUUAAAGGCGAACCUGGGAUUCCUGGUCUGCCUGGGUUGAGAGGAGACAGGGGUGAACCGGGACCCCCGGGCCCCAUAGUAAAUGCUUCAGGCCCAGGGUACGUUGGGCCCCCAGGAGAGCCCGGGCGCCGUGGAGUAAAGGGAGACAAAGGAGAUAGUGGCCAAAAAGGUGAGCCAGGAGAAGUUGGGUUGGUUGGUCUCGCCGGCGUACCGGGAACCGACGGGAAAGACGGCUUACCUGGGCCCCCGGGGCCCAUAGGACCUCCUGGUAUCCGAGGACUACCGGGUCCACCGGGCCCCACUACUAGCAUAAAUGCUUCGCUAAUACAUGGUGCAAAAGGCGAGAAAGGAGCCCCGGGUAGAGAUGGAAGAGAUGGCUUCACGGGCCCACCUGGACCACCGGGUCACGACGGGGCUAUAGGGCCCCCAGGACCACAAGGAUUCCCUGGUGCUGUUGGUAUGCCCGGCAACAUGGGCCCACCUGGCUUACCGGGCCCAUCGGGGAAAUCAGGGCUUGAUGGACAACCGGGUCCAGCAGGUCCACAGGGGUCACCAGGUCCUCCCGGUCCACCCGGUCGGCCGGGGUCCGCUGAUACAACACCGAUUCUGCCCAUACCUGGACCACCGGGCCCCAUUGGACCUAAGGGAGAGAGAGGUGAGCAAGGUUUCCCAGGGUUGCCUGGUACACCAGGACUGGAUGGGAUCCCCGGACUGAGAGGACCACCUGGCCCGCCUGGCGUAUCAGCACCACCCACCAUCGUGCGAGAGACUCCUUCAAUGUCGGAAACCGAAGUAAGAAAUAUUUGUGAAGACAUUAUAAAAGUGCGCCUCAAUGAGAUUUCUUCGAAUCAAAUAUUGCCGCCUCCGACCGUAGUAGGCAAGAGGGGUCAUCCUGGCCGGCCGGGCCCACCGGGACCACCAGGAAUACCAGGCCUCUCAGGAGACCCAGGUCCCCGAGGGUACCCGGGUGAAACAGGGGACCCGGGUAAACCGGGCAGCAUGGGCCCCUCUGGGCAGAAAGGUGACAAAGGCGAGAGGGGCCCAGAAGGCGUCGGCGUACAAGGACCAGAGGGACCACGAGGACAAAUUGGUCCAGUAGGCCCACCAGGUUACCCAGGCAGAACGGGAGACAGAGGCGACCCAGGACGAGAAGGUCCAAUUGGUCCUCGCGGCCACCCAGGACUUCGUGGAACCUGCGAAUGUCCAAUCGCAUACUACGCAUAUUCCCCACAAGGACUUAACAAAGGGCCAUAAACACUGUAAAAUACUCGUACUUAAUAAAAUAUCUCGAAAUACUGAAGUGUCAA